AUGAGUACCUUUGACGGUAUUAUCCGUGAGUUUCCGGAAAUCCGGGUGGACUACUUCCACGACAGAGGCAAAAAACAUCCCGUGCGACCAGAAGUAUGGCUUCUUAGUCAUGUUCAUACUGACCACACUGCAGGUCUGGAGAAUGUUGGAGGGCUAGUUUAUUGUUCGAAGGUGACGAAGAACAUGUUGGUCGAAAAAGACCCUCGCAGCAAACGCCACAAGGCCUACAACGAUAUGGCAGCUAUUCCCAACGGUACUCUAAAGUCGAAGUACACACCUAUCCAGGAUAGAUUGAGAGGCCUGGAUCUGGAUACCCCGUUCGAGAUCAACGUGGGGGCAUACACGGUUUCAGUAACUCUUCUAGAUGCCAGCAACCACUGCCCUGGAGCUGUCAUGUUUCUUCUUCAAGGUAAGGGCAAGUGUGUCCUAUACACAGGAGAUAUUCGGGCGGAAAAAUGGUGGCUGAGGUCGUUAGAAAAUCACCCCUUGUUACUACCAUACAUUUGUGGAGUGAAGAAGCUCGAUUGCAUUUACCUGGAUACUACUUUCGGGUAUAGAGGAGAGCCCUACAUCAGCCUGGUAGACAACAACACGGGGCUUGGCAAGCUCAUGAAGCAACUGAGUAGGUAUCCUCUUACGGGAAGUAUACAGUACUUCCUGCCACGAUAUACCUCUGGGUUCGAGCUCAUUUGGCAGUACCUUGCUGCUGCAUAUGAUUGGAAGGUACACAUGGAGGAGGAUGAAUUACAAAGGGUGUCUAAAGUACUCCAGGUUGAGGGUCGCUCGCACUACAUUAAGUAUCUGACCAAGGAGGCUGCGGAAGCCACUCUUCAUUGCUGCUCGUGCCAACGGACUAGCUCAUCCUCGGUGCUACUCUUGCCUGUGGUGAACUACCUGGCAUCUCAUGUUGACGAACACAACCGACCCAAAAAGGAAUCUGAACUCCAGUUGGUGGGGGUUAAGGAUUUACUGAGGCGGUUGUCAGAGGAGUACACAUCAAGUAACGAGUCCCAUCUGUCUGACGUGAUUGAUUUUGAAUCCGGACAGAGAUUCAUCAAAACUGAAUGUGAGCAAGGGUUAGAUCUUUAUCUUCCAGAUAUGCUCCUGUUCCAUUAUUCUCGACAUUCUUCGUAUUUGGAAUGUGAGGAGCUCGUGGGCCUGUUCAAACCCCGCUCAGUGUUCCCAUGUGUGGUCAGCAAAGAUUCGUGGCAAAGAGGGUUCUCUAUGGCGAGAUUAUUCGGACAUGUUUGUCAAGAGCACGUUGAUCAACCCUCGCAGUUCAUGUACGAUGUGGAGAUGUGCAUUGAAACAGCGAGACCGAUCCCUAGGAUUCGUGAACCAGUUCUCACUCUGAAGAUUGAUGGAAAACCUGCUGUCUCUGGGCCAUCUCAAGAAGCCAACUCGCAAUCAUUGCUAGUCCCCAAGACUGUCAAGUCAUUCCAAGUCAGAGCUCCAGGGACUCAGAAUGUCAAGAUGCUUCCUACUGGCGUGUUCAAUCAAACAGAUGCUUAUGUUCCAGCUAGCGAUAGUGGUAACUCUGACAUCUUAGACCAGUUGAACCUCUACAAAUCUCCUAUCAGGUCACCGGUGAGAACGAAAUCAAGCCCAGGAAGGGUAGAUCACGCUGUCCGACCAAUGCCACUGCCCACUACUUCUGUGCCCUCUGUGAAGGAAGAGCCCCAGACUCCUUCAUUUGGCGAAGCUCUGUCUAUUCCGGUCCCCCCUGUCUCGUUUGCUUUACCAGUACAGCUUGCGACUGCACCUAUCCCUGCAUCUACUGCCAUGCUCACAACUACACCUAUGCCUUCAUCCUCCCCUGGGAUGCCCACGUCGUCUCCAGCGGAUGCAGUUAUGUCGAGUCCAUUCAAGAAGGCCACCUCCCUCAGUUCCAUGUGCGAAGAAAUGCCUGAGGAAUGUGAGUCAAUUACUGAAAGUGUCGUCAAGGUGGAGCGAGACUCGGAUGAGUUUUAUGUUUCCGUCAACUCCCUGCCUCAGUUGAUUGCUAGAAUCACAGCAGAACCGAUUUCUCACACAUCUCAACCUACCACUCAGCCGGAGCUUGGUUCGAUGGUUGAACAACCUGAACGACAGAACGUAUCAAUGACAGAACAAGUGGAGGCGAAAGUAGCCGAAUUUUCAAAGCCAAUGAAGGAUCUUGUGAACCAGCCACAGGAAAAUACACUAAGUCAACGGCGCAUUUCACUACGUCCGGAGGUACCCACCGCUCCUCGACAACCACCCAGGAUUACUGGUGUUCUGCGUCAAGCGAGCCUGUCUCGUAAGCCUAGUGUUGCUCAUCACUCCAGUCCCUCUCCCAGGUCUUCCAAAUCACCACCGCCAAAAAAUAUGUGCCCUGAACCAUCCAAAAUCAUCAUGGGACCGCCUGUUUUACGCAGAACGGCUGAUGAUGUGUACGAUAUCUGCGAGAAGAUCGGCCAGUGUCGUUUGGUAAGAAACAAACGAAAAGUCCAUCGACCAUUCAAAGUGGAUCGAUGGAAGGUUUCGCCUGUGUCUGAGUAG